AAAAUUCAUUAUUAAAAGCGUGGAAUAAUGUUCUGUUUAAUUUAAAACAACGCGAUAAUCAGUAUCAAGAAGCAAUGGAAACAGUCAAAAAUUUGACCGGACAAUUGCGUGUUCAAAUAUCCGAAAUUGAAGUACUGAAACAUAAUAUCGAAAAAGAAAUGAAAGAAAAUUUACAAAUAAAUGAACGAAAAUCACGUAUUGAAAAUGAUUAUACCAAUACAACAAAACAAAUUGCUGCGGAGGAAGAAAGAUUGCAAACAUUAUCCGCAGAAUUAAAUAAUCAAAGAAUGAUUAUUAAAUUUACAGAAGGGGAUCUAAAUCAAGCGAACACUGCAAAUCAAGAACGUGAAUUUGAAUUGAAUCAAAUUAUAAAAGACAUUGAAAAACAAACGCUUUUAAAAGUAAGCCUUGAAGAUGAAAUCAUGAAUCAUUUGGAUGAAUGUGAUACAAAUGAUAAGGCCGCUGCGCAUUUAAGUAAAUUUGUUCGUCAAUUGAAAGAAAAGUGUCGACAAUUAGAAAUAAAAAUGUUAAACGCUGAAAAUACAGAUGCGAAACUGUUAGUUGAAAUAGAACAAUUAAAAGGCUCCAAUACGGCAAACAUUGAUUAA